AUGCUGACGUUUUGUCCCACGUGCGGGAAUUUACUGUCCAUCGAGAAGAAGAAGAAGAAGACAGAGGAGGAGGCGUUUGACGUAAACGACGAGGAUAAAGAAGAAGAUAAAGAAGACGAGCUUUUGUUACACUUGUGCUGCAAAACGUGCCCGUAUUCGUACUCGAUCGGCGGCACUUUUUGGUCGAAAACGGACGUCCCGAUUCGGAAUAAAAAACGCGUGGACGACGUUUUAGGUGGGGACGACGCGUGGAAAAACGUGGACACGACGAGAAGUCGGUGCCCGAAAUGCUCGCACGACGUGGCGUAUUUUUUGAUGGUACAAACGAGGUCGGCGGAUGAACCGAUGACGCAGUUUUUCCGGUGCGUGGAGUGCGCGAAUCAGUGGAAGGAGAAUUAA